AUGGUGAGCGUUUACAUAUAUAUAUAUAUAUAUAUAUAUAUAUAUAUCAGUGUGUGAGUAAAGUGUUUACAGUGGUUUUUAUAAAUACUGAGAUAACAGAAUUAAAAUUGAAAUCAACAGCUCACCUCGCUCGUGAAAUUGAAGCAACAUUCCAUGCCGAAGGGAAAUUCCCUGGUGUUGUUGGUCUUAUUGAUGCUACUCGUGUGUAUUCGUGCCCCUGAGCAUGAACCAGAUGCCUACAUAAACUGGAAGAAAUGUCACUCACUAAAUCUCCAGGUAAGCUGAGAAACUACAGAGGAGCCGCUUCAUAUGUUAAGCCCAUUAAAGGAUUGGUAGCAAAAGUCUGUGCAAAAUACUGAUUUGGAGCAUUUUACAUUUCUUCCAAUAUCAUUAAGAAAAUAUGGACUCCACAUAAAUCAUAACUUUUCUCUAUUACUUUUCAGACAGUAUGUGAUGAAAAUAUGGUGUUUCUGGAUAUAGUGGCAGGUUGGCCUGGCUCUUUUCACGACUCUAGAGUUCUCUCAGUAUAACUCUGGGCUGUACCAAACAGCUGCCACUAAAUUUCCAGGUGACACACAUCUCCUUGGGGAUGGGGGUUACCUUUUGUUGAGGUCAGUAGAUUGUCCAUUAUUUUAAUAUAUUAAAAUAGUUUUUCACACAAAAGCUUCAACCCUAAAUUCUAUGUGCCUCUUCAAUAUGAAUUUUAAGUAAGAAUACAUUGAUGUUUAAUGCUUGUGAUAUAGAAACCAGUAAAGCUCAUCCCAUAAUUGCACCAGUUUUCACUAAUACACUCAUGUUGUAUGACAUAUCUUUUCUUUUGUUAAAACAUACAGAAAUCUUUAGCUAAGUCAGCUCUAUGGCAAAUUGGACGUCACGUAUUUUUUUUAUUUCAGAUGGUUGAUUACCCUAUUUCGAGAUAAUGGCCAUUUGACACGAAGACAAAGGCAGUUUAACACAGCCCUUCCUGCUGUACGCCAGAGAGUGGAGAGAUCCUUCUCUCUUCUCAAAGGAAGAUGGCAAAAGCUUCAAUAUCUUGAUCACCUUGAUUUAGUCAUGGCAGUGAAUAUAAUAACUGCUUCUUGUGUCCUUCAUAAUUAUUGUUUGUUAUAUGAUGAUUUUGAUGAUGGGUAUUUCCUACCAGGUCAUGCUGAUGGCAUAGAAGAUGGUUGA